GUGCGCAUGCGUCAGUUCCGGCGGGGACGGGAGAGCGGCGCGGCGCGUGGGUAGGAAACGCCGCGGCGGCGGGGCAGAGAAACAUGGCGGCGGCCGCGCAGCUCACGGAUGAGGAGCUGUUCUCAGAGCUUAGGUGCUUCGGCCUCUCCCCAGGGCCGGUCACCGAGAGCACCCGGCCCGUCUACCUGAAGAAGCUGAAGAAACUGCGGGAGGAUGAGCGGGCUGGAGCCCGCGGCAGCGCCAACAAGACCCGGAACAGCAACAACAAUAACACGGGGGCCGGGGCAGCGCCGGGCGAAGGCGGCGGCAGAGCGGCCCCGGGCAUGGGGGCCCGGCUGGCCAGCCCCGACCAGCCCUACUUGCCGGGCGGCGCAGCCGGGGGCAGCCGGAGCCGCGCAGCACCCCCUGCCGGAGGCGGCAAAGUGCUGCUGGGUUUCAGCUCGGACGAGUCGGAUGUGGAGGCCAGUCCCAGGAGCCAGGCCGGCGCCGGGGGCGGCAGCAGCAGCCGGAGGGAGCGGGCGUCGCCCCCAGUCCGCGGCUUGAGGCCCGCAGCCUCCCAUGGAGCCUGCAGCGAGAGGAACAGCUUCCCUCCUGAGGCGGGCAGGAGGAAGCCCAGUGCCUGGUGGGGGGCGGUGGCCAGGAGACCGACGGCCACGGCGGGGGCCCAGACUCAGGGCAUGCGGGAGCCUGGGGAAGGGGAGGAGGAGGAAGAGGACGAGGAGGAGCGGCAGUGGAAGAACCGGACUGUGAAUGGUAAUAGGCAUCCCUCCCUUGGCGGCAGGGCCGAGUAUUCCGACUCGGAGGAGGAGGGGGAGAGAGCCAAGCAGCAGGUAUUGAAGGAGGAGACUGCACCCCGCCAACACCGGGGCAGGCGGAGCCUGAGCAAAUCUCCUGCCCCGUUCACGGCCAGCAAAUGUGCUGCAGCCGGCGCUGGCAUGAUGGAGACGGGCCAGCAAAGGGCUGGAGGAGGCGGCGGGGCUGGUGUAAUCGCAAUGAAUGACAGGGCGGAGGCGGCUGCUGCUGCUGCUGCUGGAAGUCUAGACAGGGGCAGAAAUCAGGAGGAGGAGGCAGUGAUGAGGAGGGGGGGAGAUUGUGAAAACUUGGACACCAGCCCUUCCAUCCCCAGAUACCGCAGCACCUCCUCCAAGAAUUCCCCUCCACUCUUGGCACUGCCGCAGCCCACAGACAUGGACAGCAGCAAAAGCAGUGACCCUCUGGGCACUGUUAGGAAAGCAGCCAAUAAUCAUGUUCUCAGCGGCGCUGCUGGUGGCUUUAAUAUUGAACCCAGGAUUUAUUCAGCUACCAACAGCCUCCCCCUGGGUGCUGUCACUCCCUCUUCCCUUAGAAUCAAUCACUCCAACCACACGGGCUCUAAUCACACCUACCUGAAAAACACCUAUAAGCAAAAGCUUUCUGAGCCUGAGGAGGAGCUUCUCCAACAGUUCAAGAGAGAGGAGGUAUCCACCACCGGAGGCUUCAGUGCACAUUACUUGUCCAUGUUUCUCUUAACUGCUGCAUGCUUGUUUUUUCUGAUACUGGGACUCAUGUACGUGAGAAUGAGAGGUUCGGGAGUAGCCGAGCAUGGGGAAGUCAACAUUAAAAAUCCCUUCAGUGAGCAGCUUGAAGAAAUAAAAGGAAAUGAAAAAAGUCUCAUGAUGAACAGCUUAUAUAAACUUCAUGAUAGAUUGGCACAAGUAGCAGGAGAUCAUGACUGUGGCAACUCUAUACAGAGAAAUCUUUCCGUCCAGGAGACAGCUGCAUAUUUAAAAAGUUUAGGUCCAGAGUAUGAAAAAGUACUUAACACAGCGCUACAAUGGAUUAUGAGUAGGGGGGAAGAUGUUGGCAUAAAGUGUAUUGGUAAUGACCCCAGUGAGGAAUUAAAUAAUGUAACUGAUGUGAAGUACCUGGAAUCUACUAGACCACAGAUGUCUUUCAGAUGUCGUUUUCGCCGAGCAUUUAUUACUGUAACUCACAGAUUAUCAAUAUUGCUUUUGGGUAUAGGGAUGGUUUGGGGAGUCUUGCACUACAUGAAAUAUCGCUGGACAAAAGAGGAAGAGGAGACCAGGCAGAUGUAUGAUAUGGUUGUAAAGAUUAUAGAUGUUCUAAGAAGUCACAAUGAGGCAUGUCAGGAGAACAAAGACUUGCAGCCAUAUAUUCCUAUUCCCCACGUGUGUGAUUCCUUAAUACCACCUCAGGACAGGAAAAAAAUGAAGAAGGUCUGGAAUAGAGCAGUUGACUUCCUUGCUGCAAAUGAAUCUAGAGUUCGCACAGAGACACAUCGAAUAGGUGGCGCUGACUCCUUGGUUUGGAGAUGGAUACAGCCAUCUGCCGCAUGUGACAAAAUUUUAGUUAUACCAUCUAAAGUAUGGCAAGGCCAAGCAUUUCAUCUAGAUAGAAGAAAUUCGCCACCAAACAGUUUGACACCAUGUCUAAAGAUUCGCAAUAUGUUUGAUCCUGUCAUGGAAAUUGGUGACCACUGGCAUUUGGCAAUUCAAGAAGCAAUCUUGGAAAAAUGCAGUGAUAAUGAUGGAAUUGUUCAUAUUGCUGUGGACAAAAAUUCACGUGAGGGUUGUGUAUAUGUCAAGUGUCUGUCUCCGGAAUAUGCUGGAAAGGCUUUUAAAGCAUUACAUGGCUCUUGGUUUGAUGGAAAGCUGGUAACGGUAAAAUACCUGCGGCUAGAUCGAUAUCAUCAUCGCUUUCCCCAGGCUCUUACUUGCAACACACCCUUGAAGCCAUCAAACAAACACAUGAACUCAAUGUCACAUCUUCGUCUACGGACAGGCACAACUAACUCUCAGGGAAGCUCCUGAGAAGACUUUCUACAACUUGUAGAACUGUUACUUGCAGCAGGAAAAUUCCUGUUUGGCUGCCGUCUUCCUUUUUUAGUGCUUUUUGUAUGUAAUAUUUUCAUUGAUUAAAUAAAAGUCUGAACGUUCCAGAAAUCUUGUUUCCAAAGGGACUUAGCAAUGAGGCAGUAAUACUAAGAGGACAAAAACAGUUGCUUCAGGAAGUUUUUGGAGCUUGAGUAAACAAGUGCAUUUAAUUUUUGCAUGAAGAACACUGAAUUUAUUAAACAUUUUCAGAUGUGACGGCUGUAUUUUUUUUGCACCAAGAAGUGUUUUGAUAAUCCAAAAGCAUGGAGAAAAAGAGACUUCCUGUAUUUCCAUAGUUUCCUGUGAAAUAAUCUUGUGGAUAUUUUGUAAUAAACACCUACAGCUCCCGAUGGCGAAUAAGUAAAAAAAAUGUUAAUUUUUCAAUCUAAUCUUACGUUUCUGUUGCUGUAAAGGAUGCAUUUGCUGCAGCUGGGGUAUGGGAAAAUUAAUUUGGCUUUAGUGGUUGCAUAUAAGUGUGAGGGAAACAAACUGAAUGCAGAUAUACUGGUUUUUGUACAUAAGUGUAAAUGCUGGUGGUGGCAAAAGUAGUCGUGUUCUGUGAGGAUGUCUGCAUUAAAGCAGUGAAUAAGCUUCCUAUUUUAUUCAUAACCUAAUGUUUUUUAUAGUAUUGGCUGUACCAUCACAUAAAAGUCAAACAGCUGAACUCUUUAAAGUAUUAGAUACAAGUUAAAUAUCUUUUAUAGUUUUUAUAUUGAAAUAUCUGACUGAUUUUGUGUGAAAGGUCUGAUACCAAUUGUGGUGGAUUCAAAUUUAUGUGAGCAAUAAAGAAGCAAUUGGCAGAUACUGAAAAAUAUUUUGUGAAAAGCUGUAUUUAUUACAAAUACCAGGACUGUGACAAAGUACUAUUGGGAUUAAGUAACUUUCCUAAUAUAUUUAUAACUUUAAAUAAGUUUUAAUUAACCGGUUACCUAUAAAAUUAACAAGGGUGCAUAUUUUUUGCAACAAAAUUUUGGUUCAUGAGCGCUAGAAAUAUUAAUGUACAAGUGAGUUACUUUAUUUCAAUGUUAAAUUUAUGUAUUAACAUUUAUUCACUCUUAGUAACUGCAGAAUUGUUGCUGAGAAGUUUCAUUGAAAAUCUAAGACUAUUGGCUGCACUGAUCCCUUGUUUAUACAAUAUAAUUUGGUCUAUAAUUAUCCAGCUAAACAUUGCAUAGGUGGUGAGACUGAAAGUGUACCAUUUAAAAUAAAUUUAGUAAAACUCACUUUAAUUCUUUUGUAGAUAUGAUGGAUUUGCAGCAUGAACUUGCACAAAUAAUGCAUGUUUUUCUUAUGGUUCAUUAAACAUGAUGCACACUAUUCUGCAACAGAAAAUCUUAUUGUGCCUUACCUUGUGCUUUUGUGGGCACCAUGUUUAUUAUUGGAGGGUUUGUUAUCUGAAAAUUUUUUAAUUCUCAGUUUUACGUCUCAGAUGCUAAUGAAUGAGUAUAUAUAAUAUAUAUAUAUAAUCUGCCAUGCAAAUUUCUACUCAUGAGGGACAAGUACAUAUUUUUGAUGAGUGAGUAGAUUUUAUGUCAGGUCUGGUAAGAUUUUCAUGAGUUUUACCAUAUAUACAUAUAUGUAUAUGUAUAAUAUACAUGUAUAUGUAUUAUAUAUGUAUAUAAACUGAUUUUGCUGUAUUUGAUGUGCAUCAUAGUGAUUUGUUGACCUGACCUUAGUGACCCCAUCUUAUGACCUAUUGCAAGAAUGAAUGUAAAAAUAGUUGUGGCAUUUUAAAAGGUCACCUUUUGAUGCAGAUGCAUCAUUUUCUUGCUUCUAAAAUAUAUUUCUUGUAAACACUGUACAUUUUAUUAUUGUAAUAUGUACUAUUAUGCAGCUUAUUUUACAUAAAACUGUUAAGUUGACCAAUAUCCCUCCCUGCAAGACAGAGGGGAAUGUGUAUAAUAUCUGGACAUUUGAGAAAAAUCAGUUAUUUGAUGUAAUUUGUCACCUGUCCUGUUUAAAAAAAAAAACAAAAAAAAAACCCAAAACCCCUCUAAUUAAAGGUUUAUUAGGGGUUUUUAUAUGUGUCUCAACUU